AUCAUCAUCAGUGAGAACGAGUUCAGAACGAACACUUGUUCUGGCUAUUUGGUUGCUAUUGAGAAAAGAUUUAUACAAGGUUUCCUCUCUCGUCAAUGUAAAUUGCACUUUUUAUACGCCGAGUUUACAAUAAAGGCUAAAAUUCGCAACUCUCACCUCCACCCAACCUAACCACAACAGCGAACAGCUUGGUCUCAGCUGCAGCCAGUAGUUGUGCUAAAAUAUUGCCCUUGUUGUGCCACAAUUUGUACAAAAAGUAUCAAAUUCGCUAAUUUACUACACGAGUGAGCAAAAUGAAAGUAUUUCUCGGGACAUUUGUGUUCGGGUUGGUUCUUCUCGCAGCAGUCACCAUGAUUCAUUCUGAGCGAUUAGUGGGGGGUGUAGGGGACGAGAAGGAAGUGGAUGAUGACGUGAAAGGGGUUGUCGCCUCCCUCUCUGACUCCAUCAAGACCGCCGCUUUCACCAGCUUGACCCAGUCUGGAGAAAAUGCGGACGCCACCAAGUUUAAGAACUCCAGCAUCGACGUUUUAUCGUACAAAACCCAAGUCGUGGCUGGGCUCAACUACUUUGUGAAAGUUCGCAUUGACGGAAAGAUUUUCCACUUGCGAAUUUACAAGCACUUUUCGGGGUCACUGGAACUCUCAAAAGUUGCAGGUCCAAAGCCUGAAUCGGACCCAAUUGCGUAUUUCCAAUAAUAUAUGAGGCAAUAAAAUUUAAAAUUGUGUAUUCACUUUUCUUUAAUAACUUUCAAAAAUAUAUAACCAUCAUUGUCAUAUUACAUAAUGUAUUAAUUCAUUCAUAAUAUGGCUUUUCUAAAAGUGUGUCCAAAACUAAAUAAAAGUUAUCGAAAUUUUCAACU